AUGGUUACUGAUGUGGCUCAAGAUGCCGAUGUCAGUGAUAACAUUCUUCCAGAAUGUUGGGACCAGAAUCAGUGGCUAGAAUUUAAAAAAAAGUACCCUUGGCUGUUUGUAGACAAUGGUCUUUUAGGGUGCAAAGUGUGUCGCGAGGUUAAACACCUUGGAGUGUCUGUUUCACAGUGUGUAUCCAUUUCUAAAGAAUGGACCACUGGUACAAUUACACCAUAUGGCAAAACAAAAAAAGAUAUGUUGACCUCACUACGUAAAAAAAUCCACAUACAUAAGAUUUCAGAAGCACAUGUAAAGGCAGGAGAUAUCCAAGCAGUAUCCAGAAAGGAGAUUCUACAAUCCAAUAUUGCUGAACAGCAGAAGCAUAAGUUUGCGUCCACUACUAAGGUAUUUCGCACUGCCUACUUUUGUGCGAAAAAAAAUCGCCCUUUCACAGACUUCAGAGAUCUUAUCAGCUUGCAGGUUGCAAAUGGAGCUGACUUAGGAUGUAUUCUCCAUAGUGAGUACACAGCAGCACAAAUAAUAGAUUGCAUUGCUAGUGAAAUGAGAAAAAAGCUUUGCAAAGCAAUUGUUGAGCAGGCUCCAAAAAUUUCUGUUUAUAUUGAUGAGUCUACAACAGUUUCUACCCAUUCAGUGUUAAUAGUUUAUAUUCGUGCCUCUGUUAACGGAAAAGACCCAGUCACUUUCUUUCUUGAUUUGCUUGAUUUGCCUAAAGCAGAUGCACAGUCUAUUGAAGCCACUCUUCUAGCUUGUCUUUCUAAAUUUGGGUUCAGUAAUGACUUUCUUGCCGAGAACUGGAUUGGGGUGCAAGUGUAA